AUUCCCCAAAGCGAGGCUGCUAUAUUUACUUCCGGCUUUUCUGUUCACUGGCGAUGACGAGUUACACAGUCAUCGUCACAUGAAUAUAACUUAAAAUAACUUUUCGGAUUGCUUAGAAUUUAAAAAUAAUCGUGAAUAUGUCGCUCUUCUCUAAGAAACCAACAGCUAAAGAAGUACUGCGUGAGAAUGACAGACAAAUGAGGAGAACUCACAGAGAUCUAGACAGAGACAGGGCUAAGUUAGAGAGACAAGAAAAAUUAUUGGAAAUGGAGAUAAAGAAGGCAGCAAAACAAGGCAAUAGACAGGCUGCCACCACAUUAGCUAAGCAGUUAGUAGCCCUUAGAAAGCAGAAAACGAAAAAUGUUGCUGUUGGUUCAAAAAUAACCUCAAUUAACUCACAAACCAAGGCAAUGCAAUCAAAUAUGAAGAUGGCUGAUGCUAUGGCUAGCACUACCAAGGUAAUGGGCUCAAUGAAUAAACAGAUGGAUGCAAAACAGGUUUUAAAGACAAUGCAAGACUUUGAAAAAGAAUCCACAAAAAUGGAAAUGACAGAAGAAAUGAUCAAUGACACAUUAGAUGAAGUAUUUGAUGAAUCUGGUGAUGAGGAGGAGCAGGACGCAAUUGUCACACAAGUACUUGAUGAGAUUGGUAUUGAGAUAUCUGGCAAGCUGGCAGGUGCCCCAUCAGCAAACAGGGAAGCACUUCCUACAGGCAAAUCAAAGGUCACAGAUGAAGAUUUGGAAGCACAGCUGGCAAGACUUAUGAAAGAAUAGUUAGAAAAAAAAAAGGAUAAUUUAUUGAUCAUAUUCACCACUGGGUGGCAGUAUUCAUUUUCUGUGACAAACUUUGCUGAGAAAGAUUGUAGAUUCAUGAAACGACUGUAUGCUUCACAGAAUCAAACAUUUCUAUAUUCUGAUACAAGCAAAGCCUCUUGUUACAAAGCUUAGAAAUUUAAAUAAUUUAAAUUUAAAUAAUUGCGAUGAAAACUGACGUAUAGUGAAUUUCACAUUAGUGGCACAUAGUGUUGAUGUUUAUUUCUCUGUUUACUAGAAUUCAACUCAUUGCCAACAUUGUAAAUUUAUGUCAACAAACAGAUUUAGUAGAUUUCAGGUGAACUUGAGUAUGACAUGGGAAAAGCAUAGGGUAUGUGAAUAGACAGAAACAGUGCAACUUUUAUUUAAACAUUAAAACAGAUGUGGUGGUCCUGAAAAGGUC